UCUUGUUGCAUCAGUUCAAACAGAUUUUAGUUUACAUAUAGCGUGUCGGCGUGUUGUGAGUGAACAUUAAACCUCCGACAUGGGUUUUUUAGUGGAAGUUGAAAUUAUAUUGUAAAACUAUGGAUCCUUUUACGUUGAUGAGGCUUCAGGGAGGCUGUGAAGAUUGAAGUAUGGAGAAACCACAUGGGGUCAGUUUUGAAGAUGGCUCCCCUGACACCAAAUGGGAGAAAGGAACAACAAGUGGAAGGGAAUUGUCCUCAUGUGGUUCGGCUUCAGGUCCCACAUCCUCAACAAACACAAAUGUGGGAGGCAGAAUAGAAGAGAAGAUGGAAGUUGAUGACCCUCUUCUCUUACCCUCCUUAGCUUCUCUGCCUUCUAGCUCCUCUAUAACAAUCACCAAAGCUUCAGUAGCUCAGCAGCGAUCUUCUCAAUCUCCAUCCUCAUCUUCCACUCCAUGCUCCACAACUGCACAUAUUCCCAGUUCACAUCCUUCUGUAUCCAGAACUCUGCCAUCAACUUCAUCUUGUGACUCCAUUUCUUCAGCCAAUAGAGCAGUUCUAGGUCCUGAUAUGAUGCCUACUAUCCCACUUGUGCCAGUUCAGGUCCCUUGUGGCCGGGGUAGCAUAGUUUCUCUCCCAAAAGUCCGUGGUCGUCCCAAGGGAAUGCCUCUCAGCCCAUCAAGAGGUGGUAACAUUCAUAUAAGAAGAGGAAUGAAAAUUAGAAGAAUUGGCUUACGUGGGCGUGGAGGACGACGGUUAAACCACAGUAUGUCUCUUGAAGAGAGAGGAGGACUCAUAGGAGAGGAUUCUCCUCUUCCUCUUGAUGAUGAUGCAUAUGUGCAGGAUGACAUGUUGAUGGCACCCACAUACCAAGACCGAUGGGAUCAACCACACGGCCUGGACAGUUUGGUCCGGAACAAGGCUCCUUCAAAGCAAGUACACUCCCCUACCACACCUGAUUGCCUCCCAACUGUGCCAGGGCGAGUUUGUAGUUUGUGCUGCCUUGGGGAGCAGAGUCAGCUUGGCCAGGGUGAUUUGGUGAGGCAUGAUCCCACACCUGGCUAUAUACUUCCAGAGAAAAUUGCAUCACCUUCAGAAAGCAGCUCACAAGAAUCUCUUCUUUCUAAAAAGCUGAAAGCUACUCAGGUUUCACUGAAAGACAAAGGAAAAUCACCAAGAAAACAAGUAGGAGAAAUUUUACCAGAACCUGUUGAUGAAAUAUCUCUUGUUGGACACACAGAACUUCCCAAUAUAUCAAUGUUAUUUGAACCAACUGGUCACUGCUAUGUACACUACAUGUGUGCAUUAUGGUCAUCAAGUGUUGAGCUCACCAAUGAUGACACAAUUACACAUGUGGAUCGAGCAGUUGUUGCUGGAGCAAGUCAGAGAUGUGUCCAGUGUAAAAAAUUUGGUGCCACUCUGCUAUGCAAGGCAACAGGUUGUCAGCUGCAGUAUCACUUCCCUUGUGCAAUGAGUGCAGGCGCCUUGAUGGAUUUGAAAAGUGUAGCUCUUGUAUGUCCAGCUCAUACAGACAAGAGCAGAGAUAUAGUUGAUGUAGCUUGUGUGGUGUGUGAAAACUUAUCUCCAGAGAGCUCUCUCCUGUUCUGCUGCUCUUGUGGAAAUCAUUAUCAUGGGCUGUGCCUCAAACCAGUUAUCAGUCCUACACCAGUUAUGCGUGCAGGCUGGCAAUGCCCUGACUGUAAAACAUGUCAGAUGUGCCGGCAACCAAGUGAGGAGAUGGUAUGUGGAGUAUGUGACAAGGCCUACCAUGUGAUGUGUGCUCGACCGUUUGGCCUCUCCCUCUGCAGAACUGGGUGGAAAUGCAAGACAUGCAGGGUGUGUGGUGACUGUGGGUCUCGAACUCCUGGCAAUGGUCUCUCUUCGCGCUGGCAUUCCAACUUCACUGUGUGUGACUCCUGCUAUCAACUCCGUAAUAAAGGCUUUGCAUGUCCAAUUUGUCAUAAGGCAUAUCGAGCAAUAGCCCAGAAAAGUAUGGCCAUGUGCACGAAGUGUCAGAGGCAUGUUCACAGCAUGUGUGAUGCUGAUGCAGAUCUUAGUAUUAUCCAAGCAAAAUGGAAUGCUGAUCAUUCCUAUGAAUAUGUGUGCACCAGCUGUAGCAGUAUAAUUCCAUCUCCAAGCCAGUCACCACGAACAAGUGUGCCAUAUGUAUUCAUUGUGGAGCAACAGAUCCUGGCACAAACUCUACAUGGCAGCAGAAUUACAGUAUGUGUGGUCCCUGUAUGUCCAUGACCCAGUGCCCAGUUUGUGAUGAGCCUUACUCUGAUGGAGAACUUAUUCUUCAGUGUUCAAAUUGUGAGCGCUGGUUACAUGCAUCAGAUGACAUGAUCCAUACUGAAGAAGAAGCUGAAAGAUGUGCUUCCAAAGGAUACUUGUGUCUCAUAUGCCGACCUCAGGAUGCCCAACCUCCUCACUUACUCCCUCACACACCACCUCUACGUUCAGCCCGCAUCAUAACUACCACAGUUGUCACUACCACAACAUCAACAAGUCCUGUGCGUUCACAGAGCCCAACUGAUAUGAUGACAAAGGUCACUUCAAAAGCUCAAUUUUGGAUGGAUGGCAUUUGUCUCUCUGAAUGUGGGAUGAUUCAAAUCAAGAAUAUGACACUUGAACCACAAAAAAAGACAAGGAAUCCUAAAACAGUGCGAACCAGUCGUGGACCAUCAAUAGAUAGUACUGGAAGUCGUGACAUUGAUGAAGACGAUGAUGAAGAUGAUGAAAAUAAGUUGGAUACUGAAGAGCCAAGACACUGGGUAUAUGGAAUGAAAGAGGGGACCAUUCUUCCAGCUAAGGAUGAUGGCACACCACCUGAUUUACCUGAAGGAUUUUAUACAUUACCAGGCCUUGAACCAGGAACUUACACUUUACGUAAACGCAGAUAUCGCAACAUCAAGACCCUGGGCAUUGGAGGUUUUCAAGUUCGAGCUCGAGGAAAAAAAGAUGAAGAGAAGGCCAGGGAGGAAGCACUUCUGGAUCCACAAGUUUUGGAGCUAAGGAGAAAGAGAAGUAAUUGGAGGACCAAAAAAAAGAUAAAGCUCUUGGAGAAGUUUCCCUCCUAUAUACAGGAAGCAUUUUUUGGUAGGAAUUUGAUGGAUACAAGCAACCUUGAAGAAGAAAUGAAACAAAUCAGUGGUUUGGAUGAAGAAAUAGAUGAGGAUGUACUGGAGAUGCAGAAAGCCAAAUCAGCAAUAACGCUUUCAAAGGAUGAACUUCAGCUUGUUCAAGCUGCACAAAACAAACAACAGCAUGGACAUGACAGACUACUUGAUACUUGUCUACAGGAUACAAAAUACUUGGCACCACACCAGAUAAAGUCUGAGGAUGUGGGAGACAUGAAGAAGCGGGAAAGAAAAGAUACAGAUGAUAAAAAAGAUCGAGAUAAGGAUGAAGAAAUUGUAGAAGAUGAUGAAAACAAUGAAGCAAUUGAUGCCAUUUUUGCUGAGGGUGGAGAUAUCACUGAUAUUUUCAUGCAUGACAUAAUAAGUGGUUCAAUGAAAGAUGAUGAUCCCAAUCUAACAGGAGAUGAGGACAUCUCACAAGACACUAUUGAUAUUCCUAGUGGCAGUGGUAGUGGAACUAAAUUAACAGAUAUUCUUGGACCUGGCUUCAAUUUAGAUGAUGUUGCUGAUAUCAUGAAAAAUUUGCCUGAGGAUGGAGCUGAAGAUAGUCAAGAUUCAACAUUGUCAACAACUAUUCCUCAAGCUUCUUCUUUAGGUGCUGUUGAAGGUGAAGGGUCUGUCUGUGCUGAUAGUGAAAGAAGUAUCAGUAGUACUCCCACUGAAUCCCCUGCUACUCAGACUUCAAGUAACUUGUCUGUCAGCAAAGAAUCUCUUACUACUGCAACUCCAUCAGUUCCUAUCACACUUCCAGCAGCCUCAACUCUUUGUCCUAAUCAACCCCCUGUUGCUCCAUUGGGCUCAUUGCCAUUAUCAGGUUCUACCUGUGGAACAGUUCCACCAGUGCAAACAGUAUCAGGGGUUUCAUCAGUACCACCACCAAGUGCACCAGUGUCAUUAAGUAGUGCUAUUCAGGGUCCAAGUUCAGUUCCAUCUAUAAAGAGUCCUGCAACAUUACCAAGUCCAAUAGGGCUUGCAAGUCCUGUAACUCAUCCAAGUACAUCUGCACUUCCUAGCACUCAUCCAAGUCCUGCUACAGGAGUUCCAUCUGCAUCACAAACACUAUCAAGCCCAUUACCUAGACCAGAUUCACAGACAUCUUCACAUGGCUUUUGCUCCACUCCCACAACAUUCUCGUCAACAAGCAAACCUCCAACCCCAACAAUACCUGAACCACAGAAGUUAUGGUCUAGUAAUGACUCCCAGUCCCAAAGCCUUAGUUUAGAGGAAGAUGAGUCUCUUGGUGAAAAAGCUACCAAAGCUCCUGUUUUAUAUGUCAAUGUUCACAAGCCUAACCUGAAAACAGACUUUCCAGCUGUGGCAGAUAGAGAAAGACAAAUAAAAAGAAUUUGGAAGAAUUUUAAAGAUACUGAACAGAAGAAGAUGCUGAUUCAGAGAGCACGAGAAAACAAGAAGGAAUAUUAUAAAAACAAACAGUUCCGCACUGGACGAGUCAUCAUUCCCCAGGGCAGCUCUGCACGAGACCCCCCAGGCUCUUCCUCACCGCCCCCUCUCUCUCCCCUGUCUGUGGAGAGUUCUAGUACCCCACAACCUCCUCUCUCACCCCCUUCUGGUACUCAAGGACUCAACUCACCUCUGGUUUCAUCUUGUUCCCUGCAACUGGUGAGCUCAGAGAAUCGCACUUCAUGUGCCUCUGAUGACACUUCAGAGUCAUACAACGUUGUCUCAAGUGCCACCACCAUGAAAGUGGCUGGGGUACAGACUUCCCCUCCUGGAAGUUUCAAUCCUUCAGGCCUAAAUCCUGCAAGGCCUUCCCUUUCCCGCUUGCCUGACCCUCCACGAACUGAGCUCCCGCUAGCCAAUCCCUCCUCUCCCCCUGACCCUGAUCAGCAUAUAAGAGUCCUCACCCCUCUAGAAAUUAUGCGAACUCUGCCUGUUCUGCACCAGGAUGCCUUCCCCAGCCCCACUACCACCACUACCACCUCCGUCACCACUACCACUACCAUCACUACCACCACGGAGCAACAAAGAGCUUUAAAGAACAAUGAGAAUUUGGAAAGUUCUGGAAUCUCUGGCACAGCAAGCACUCCAAGCAGUGGAAAUGAAGGAAACAAUGAACCGAGUCCUGUCACCACCCCUCAUGCAUCUCCUCGCCCACCCCUUCCAUCUUUAACACCCACCCGGCCAAUGGUGAUAACCCAGCGACCUCAGAUGCCUUCAGGAACACCAUCCAGACAAGCUGUGCCUCACAACAUGAUCAGAGGUCCUAUCACUCACCCACAGGGAGUAUCAAGUGAUACUUAUACAACACCUGUAGGGACCUCUCUUCCCACUAAGCCAAUGGAUUCAUUCACACAUCCAUCAACUCCUACUCCACAAACAUCUCCACUGCCAUCUCCAACAAGUGACCCUUAUUCACGAAUUCCUCCUUCACCACGGCCUCCUUCUUCAGAUGUAUAUAGCCUACCACCUGGCACACCAAGACCUGUUCCUACUGACCCAUAUGCAAUGCCCCCUCCAACUCCUCGUUCAGUUGAUCCUUAUGCAGCUCAGCCUCCAACUCCAAGACCAAUGACAUCAGAGCAAUUUACAUGCAGUACAACAGAAUCUUUCUCUCAACCACCAGCAUCCCCUUAUGUUCAAGCACCGCCUACUCCCCGUCCUCAUGAUGAUAUUUAUGGACAACCUCCAACACCAACCCCUACAGGAGGUGUUUCUGGAGACCCAGCAAGACAGCAACAUCUCAGAGAUUUACUCCAAAGACCUCCAUGGAGUGAAGGAAGUGGGGUUCAUUCUGGAGUGGUCCCUCAACCUAUGACCUCUCCUACUGGCCUAGGUGGAGAAUUUCGGCCACCUCUUCCUCCAGCAGCACAAAUAUCCAAUGUGCGCAUGAGACCUAAUAUUGCUCCAGGUCAGUCAGCUAUGAUGAUUCCUCAAGCUGGGCAAAUGGACCACAGAUUUAGGAUGGUUUUUCAACGUAAUUUACAGCAACAGCCUCCACAGCGGCAAGGUGCUGUCAAUGGACGCAGCUCUGUGGAUGCCUUUAGCCAUGCACCACAGCAAAGACCACCUCAGCAGUAUUUGGGUACUGCUGGACCUGGAGUACGUCCUGCAUUGACAAAUGUGGUAAGAAGUCCUGCAACAAAUAUUAUUGUAAGUCAGGGUAUGGGAUCUACCCAUUUACCUCCAGGUAAUGCUGUGAGAGUACCAGUUGUGUCUCCUACACACCUUCCACAGUCGCCAGCACAUCAGCUUGUAGCUGAACCUCAUCCACCUAGUGUUCAUUCACAAUCUCACCUUCCAUCACAUCCUCAGUCACCUAACCUACAGUCUCAUUCACAACCAGGUCAUUCACAACAGCCUCACAUGUCACAAGGUGAUCCACGAUUGCCUCAUCCACAGUUAUCUAAUCCUCAACAAACACAUCCUCAGCAACCUACUCAUAGUCAGCCACGCCAUCCACAAGCACCUCAUCCACAGCCGCCUCAUUCUGAGCCACCACAUUCACAGCUGCCUCAUACUCAAUCACCUCACCCACCAUUAUCCCAUCAACAAGAAACUCAACCACCACAGCAACAGCAGUCAGAAUCGGAGCUACCUGAGGCAGUAACUCGAGAAUUGGAACAGUUAGAGGAAGAACAACAGCAACAGCAGCAACAGCAUCCGGCUCAGCAGCCACCACCUCAGCCAGGGGCCCCAACCCAUUCUUCAGCUCAGGGAGAUGAUUUGGAAGACCUUGCCCCCAGUGAUCUUACCAGCAUGGAAGAUGAUGAUCUCUUGGGUAUGGGUGGAGACUUCAAUGCACUUCUGGAAUUUGCUGAUGGAGAAGAUGGAGAGGAGGACAAUGAAAAACUACCCUCCAACUUAUUCGAUGAUCUAGAUGAAGAUGAAGAGGAAAGACGAAAGAAAGAAAAAGGUAGGGAAAUAGUGUCAGGUCCUCGUGGGCCCCCUAAAGGCAAGGUCGGAGUGCCAGGUAUAGGUUCACCCUCUGCUGGCCACCUGUCACACCCACAGUCCACCGUAGCACCUAGCCAAGGAUCCCAGCACCACACCACUGGUAGUGUCACUUUAGAUUGUGAUGCACAGCCCCAGGGUCUGCAUCCAGCUUCAGCAAUAAACUCCAGUAUACAGCAAAGACCAGGACUCUCACCUGGCCCUACGGUGGGUCCGGUGCGACUUUCCAUGACCACCUCUCCACAGCAGCAUCCAGUGCAACCUCAGAUGGCUCCUCAGAUUACUCAAACUUCACCACGAAUUCCAAGUGUAGUUACAAGGAUGCUGGGUCCCAGACCAGGACUGCGUCAGCCUGCUGCACCUCCUCCCCCAUAUCCAGGGCAUCCACCACCUCCUUACCCACGCUCUCAGGUGAUGGUGAGUGAGGGUUUGAGGGGAUCAAUGGCAGGCAGUGUGGGCUCCCCUAUUGGGGUUGGGGCCCCACCACCACUACCUAUGAUGCGGCCUAGCCCACACCACCCAACUAUGAUGGGUCCGGGACCCUCAGUGGUGAUGGGUGGGCCUCGCUUGCCUCCACACAUGGCACAUGGUACCCCUGGAGGCCACCCACACCUGCCUACAGGGCCACCAGGUAUGGUGCCACUCGGGCCUGGUGGUCCACCUGUUCCUCAUGGUCUUCAUGGUCCACCUGGUCAUCAUGGACCACAUGGGCCUCAUGGUCCACAUGGGCCAUCUGGUCCUCAUGGUCCACCUGGUCCCCAUGGACCAUCUGGUCUUCAUGGCCCACCUGGCCCUCAUGGUUCACCUGGUCCCCAUGGCCCAUCUGGCCCCCAUGGUCCACCUGGCCCUCAUGGCCCAAUGCUGCCGCCACAGCCACACAGGCGACCACUACUACUGCAGGAACAGCCAUUGCUAAUAGAAGAUCUACUAGAACAAGAAAAACUGGAACAAAUGAAGCAACAGAAAGCCAGCCAUCAGCAGGAGCCCAUUGGUCCAGUAGACCUCAACCUUAGUGAUAUGGAAUAUGAGAAGCUCAAAGCUGAUGUUCUUUCUGUAGGAAAUCCCCCAGUUGGAUUACCAUCAGUACCAGGUGGGCAAGUGUUGAAUAAUAACGGUGUGAGACAGCCCUUCCAGCGUGUUGCAGGUGCUCCUCCCCCAACCUCCUCCCAGUCCCCCCACCAAGUUCCAGGUCCUGCUCAACCCAUGACUCGCCCUGUACGACCACAGGGUGACCCUGGUAUGCAUCCUGCUUUGUUACAAGCAGUUGGAUCACGUGGAACUGGUUCAUCAACACCAGGAACGGUGAACAUUAAGACACUUCCUCCACCUCCACUCCCUCCCGAUAACCCUCAGACUGAUGCUGAAAGACAACAACAGAGUCAGUAUGAACACUGGUUAAAACAACAACACAACCUCAUAACCACACAGCAGAGAUAUUAUGAAGCUGAAAUAACAAAACUUCGAAAGCAACGAAAAAAUUUAAAUAGCCGUCUGAGAACAUUGAAGAAAAAUGGUCAGGGGCUAAAUGAGCAUGAUGCUGCAGAGCUUGCCCGUGUGCAGAGGGAAGCAUCAGCAAUUCAGCGGCAUUUAGAACAGUGUCGCAAGUCUGCUAGGCAGCAUGCCAUGAUUAUGCAGGAAUACAAUAACAAGAAAAGAAAUAGACCAUCUCAUAUAAUGAACACUCAAGGUGGGGUGAUGAAUACAUCUCAAGGCACCAUGAUGACUGGGACUUCACCUGUAGGUCCAGCAGGGUCAUCACCAAUGCAUUCCACUCCACAGAGUCCUCUCAUGUCUCCCUCACCAUCGUCACAACCAGGGAUGGGAUUAAGUCCUAUGGUACCCUCCCCUCACACACCAGUUGCAUCCCCUAAUCCCACAAUAGUGCCACAGCAUUCUCCUCAUGCCAUGGUUGUUCCAGGUCCUCAUCCGUCCCCUGGUGAAUCACCUUUCAGUCCGCAAACUCGCAUGCCGUCUCCAGGAGGUGGCUAUCCUGACCAAGGUCCACGAGCUGCCUACUCAGGAACCUCCCAUCACAUGAUGGCUCCCCAAAUGCGUGUUAGAAUGCCUGUCCACAGCCCAGGUACACAGACAGUACAGCCAAGCCAGAUCUCCCCUCACAUGAUGGGGGUAAGAUCACCAUACCCUCAAGCUGGAGUUAUGAUGCCUCAAGGUCAAGGAGCUCCUAUGAUGAUGAGACAUCAAUACCCUCAGGGUGUUAUGCCUUUAAGGAGACCAUCUGGAUCAGGCCCAGUUCCUAGUCCAGGUUCCUCUGGGCCAAUCCCAAGCCCAAGUGGCCCUGUUCAGAGUCCUAUUAGUGGUGGUAUGGCUAUGAAACCAAGUCCUGUCCAUAGUGGUCUGAAAAGUCCUGUCCCCUUAGCUAGUCCCAGUCCUGGUGGACCAGUUGCCAGUCCAGUGUCUGGAAGUAUGGCAAUGAAGCCUAGUCCAGUCCAUAGUGGGUUAAGGAGUCCUGUGCCCCUUGCAAGUCCUCAGAUGCAGCCUCUAAGUUCUGAAAAUCCAAGUACUCCCUUAACUCCUCGAAGCAUUAGUGCAGGGGAAAUAAUUGGCACACCACAGACUCCUCACAGUGAUCUUGGAGGGCCUGGUAGUAAUAACAGUCAAGUUAACAGUCCUCACCCAUCAAUACCAACACCAACUAGUGAUGCUGUACCAUCUCCUGUUUCCUGUCCAACCUCUGCUGCACCUGCAUCUGCAGCAAGUGGAACACCAGUUGUUCAGAGGUCAGGUGGAGGAGGAGGAGGUAAUGCUAAUAAUCCAAAUAAUCCAGCUCCUCUUCCACCUUACAUGAGAUUUGGAUAUUUCAAGCUUGGAUUGAAAGGUGGUGCUGUUCUGAGAAGUCGUUGGGGACAUUUCAAGCUUGGUUUAAAAGGUGGAUCACCUGUUGGAGAUUUAGAAAAUAAGCCACUUGCUUCACCAUCAUGUUCUGAAGGAACAUCUCCAUCAACAAAUACAACAGCCAUUGUCAGCAGUGUUACUUCCUCAACUGUUACAAGUACUCCAACAUCUAUAAAAACUGAAAAUGAGGGGGAUGAAGACAAAGAAGGUUUAGCUCAUGUCUUAAGUGAAAGUGUUAAAGGUCCUCCUGUGAGAAUGAUGGGAGGGACAUCCCGUUUAGGUACAAUAGCUUACCCAACCCCGGGCAUAGCCACCACCUCCAUGCCACCACAUUUGCCUGCUGCUGCCAAUAAAUUAGUUGUUCCAGAACCAGCAAAGUCUGAGAUUCCACCAUCUAGUAGGCAUCAGGCAGUAAUUGGAAUUCCUGGUGGAGGAGCUAUUCCAUCUCAGAAUAACAUGUAUCCUAGUCAUACUGUAGCUGUUGCUCCUGGAAUCCGCAUACCAUCAAUUAAUGCUUCAUCCAACUAUCCCUCAUCAACUACUGGGGCAGGGAGUGUAACCACAAGCACAAACAUGUUGAACAUGCCUAUUGGUACCUCUGGAACGGGAAGUAUUGCAAGUAACUUGGUACCUCCUUCUAUUAUGUCAGUAACCUCUAGUGCCACACCAGUAAGUUCAUCUUACAACACGAAUGUGGUUCCAGUUGGUGUACCCCCAGAUGAUGUUUCAACACAUAGCAGUAUUGUUAGUAUCAGUGACCAAGUAAGUGGCAUAACUAGUGGAUUGGCUAAUUUUCCAAGUACUGCCAGUCUGCCAUUAAGUUCAGUGUCUGCCAUGACACACACCACUCCAUCCCUUGGUCGCCCUCUGGUGAGUGUUCCUGUGCAACAGAUAGGCUCACCACAAAGACCUCUGCUGCAUAACCCAGUAACCACAACCAAUACUCAACAGUUGCGAACUCUUCCAUCUAUAGGACAUUUACAACCUGGCACAAGACCAUUCAGAACACAAUUGAUGGGAACCACUGUUUCACAGCCUGGAGUACAAGAUUCUGAGGGUCACCAUGUAGUAUCUCAACAGCAAGUGAUGCAUCCAACCUUGACCCAAACAGUUGGAAUGUUAACUAAUAAUGUUCAUCAGCCAGUAGGACAACAAACAUGGAUUCAAACAUCUUCAGGCACUCUUCAUCAAGGUGGAGUUGUUAUACAGGGAGGAGUACAACAGGCGGUUGGAGUACGUAUGGUUGCACAACCCAUGAUGGUGCAGCAGACUGUUGUAAGGGGGAGCAAUGUGAUGGUACGUCCAUGUACCAGUGGUCCUGUUGCAGUACAAGGGGGUGUUCGGAUGAUGAUGAUUCACGGACAACCUGUACGCACUCCCUCUCCUCCCGUCACACGACCUGCUAUAAUGCCUCCACCAGCAGCAAAAUCUCCAGCAGGACAUUCUGCCAGUCCUGUACCACGUGUGUCUCCUGCACCAUCUCCUCUAUUAAACCAUCCUUCACCACAUUCACCUCAAAUUAAAGGUCAUUCACCUUCAAUGACCUCUCCAUCCCUUAGUCCUCAUAACACUCUUCCCACGCCUCCAAGCUUAAUCAAAAGAGAACCAGAUGAUGACCCUCCUGGCCCUUGCAGUACACCUAAUAUCUCUCAUCCUGUUCCAAUUGCAGCAUCCACUCCACAAGCCUUAGGCAGUCAACACAUGAUUGUCACUGGAGUGUCUUUACAGUCUCAGUUGUCAGUUAUGAAUCCCCAAGUAACUACUCAAAAUUCUUCUGAGACCUCAGGACAAAUAAAAUCAGAAGUAGUGAAUGAUAAUAUUAGCAAAGAUUCUUCAAAUGCAUUACUGAAACAGCUUCUAGAAAACACUGGUUGUGCUAAUCCCAUGCAACAACCCUCCCAAGGCCAGGUAUUAUUAUUUAGAUCAUCUCAAGGACCUGUCUCUGUGCAGUCAUCCCAUCUAUCUCAAGUUGCUUCACAAGUACCAACUCCCAUAGUGAUACCUCGUAGUGCUGUGACAUCUUCAGGAGCUGUUUCACAUGCACAAGUACAGCAGACCACUAGCACUCCAGCUCUUGUGUCUGAAAAUAAUGAUAUGCAGCAGGUACAACAGCAUCCACAACAGCCUCAGCCACAGCCACAGUCACAGCAGAGUGUGAUCACACCAGGAAGUCAACCACAAUCUUUGGUUUCCAAUUCUCAUAUGAUGCAGCGCUCUGUAGUUGUGUCAUCUGGUGUUCACUCAUCACCUCAGGGGACUCACACUGUUAUUUUAGGUCAACAGCAGCAAUUGGUUACUCAUUCUGGUACUCAUGUUAACCUUGGUCAUUCUGUGGCUCGUCCUGGUGUACCCUUUGCCAGUCAAGGCCAUCCAGUUCAGUUCACUACUGCACCUCACCCUUCUAGUCAGCAAGGUGUUGUAAGACAGGUUACAACACAUCAAGUAAACCACCCAAGUAUGAUUCCUUCCUCAGUUCAUCAUGUCAUUCAAGGUCAGCCUCCUCACCAAACAGUAGCUGUCAGUCAUUCAAGUCAUCCAGUGGGAGGUCAUCCUGUUACACCUGCUGCUCCACAUAUGGUGGUUCAUCCUGGUGUUCGAGCCACACACCCUGGGCAGCAUGCUUUGGGUAAUGUUCAUCAACCUGGGACACACGUAAUCACAGGACCACGUGCCCCCAUGAGUACUCCACCUACACCUGCCAGUAUGACUGAUAGAGUGAAUAGUGAUCCUGGUCUCAAAACAGAGAUGAGAGUUAUGAUCCCAGAAACAGUAAUGGGCACUGGAACUAGUACAGGUGAACACACACCCGAGAUGACGACUCCAAAUGAUGGAUCCGAUUCAUUGGAUCAUGAAGAGUUGAAAAAAGCAAAGAAACGAGCUCAGCAGGCCAGAAGAAAAAGUCAAAGUAAAGAUGCAAAAGUACAGCCAGCUAAACGUGCUAGACAAGGAUCUCGUGUUGAAGAAGACUAUGAUGCAUACAUAGAAAGUGUUAUGCAACAGCUCAGAUCUAUGCCGCCACUUACAAUUAUGGAACCAGAAGUUCCUAGAAAUUUUAAUUUAUGUCCAGUGUUUGGAAGUGGAGAUCUGUCAAAGCUUGGGAGAAGAGAUUACAAUCAUAGUCAAGGAAUUUUAGAAGGCACAGAAGGUAAUGCUACAAUUAAAAAUGUUACAGAUCACUACAAUACACAACCUUUCGGAGACAAAAUGCCCAUUGUUACCCCUGCAAAAACUGGACCAACUCAGCGUGGUUUUUACAUUCACGAAUUUACUCCUCCUAAAAUAGGCCUACCAUUAGAUGAAUAUCAAGAAGGAGAUCUUGUUAGUGGCUCAAGUCGUUCAACACCAGCUCAGACUCCUACCAGAGAAGCAGAUUCACCUGAUACUGUUCUCAGUUCUUCCUCACCAGAAUGUAUACUCCCAGAAUCUCCCCUUCCCUUUAAGGGCUUAAAGCUCGUUGAUAUGGAUGAAGAUCCCCAAGAAGAUCAGCGUGAUAGGUCCCUUUCUCCAGCAAUUCCUCUUCUUAUUCCAGUACCAAUUCGUCCAGGCCGGUUUUCAUUCCUUUCUACACUAAACAAAGAAAAUAAAGAUAAUCCUGAGCUGGACAAAGAAAACAUUGACAGUCUUUCCAGCAUAACAAUGAAAAGUCGUAUUGGUCAAUCACCAGCAUUGCCCCUGAAAGACAUGGGUAAUGUAACUGUCACUUUAACUCUCUCAUCACAGGCAGGGGAAGAUGUAUCAGGAGUUUUGAGAUCUUUAGCAAAUCUCCUUAAUAUUCCUCCACCAUCGGCAUUCCACUUAGCUGACCGUCUUCAAGCACCAAAAAUACAAAGAUUGUACCGUCACAGACAGUUAAAAGAUGGGAAAGAACAAGUAGUAGACAUUCAGAGUAUCCUUAAUGGACAGGCUCGUUUCUGUCGUCAUUGUGACGUAAUUAUUUUGAAUGAUAUGUUAUGCAAGAAAGUGAUGGAAUUGCCCUUUUUGAAUAAAGAAGAAUAUGGAAAUAUUGAAGAGAUUACAUUUUGUUCCCAGCAGUGUUACAUACAAUUUGCUUUGUCUCAACGCAUGCUCAUGGAUGAAAAGGUAAAACAUGAAGGAACCACUAGGCACAUCAAGAUAAAGGACACCUUUGGGGAUAUGAAAGGUUCCUCUCUUCCACCUGCAGAAGGCUUAUCUGAUUGGUCAAAGGAUGAUGACCUGGAUGAAGUGCUAAAAGUGCCACAGCUUGAAGAUUCUUUGAGUAGCAGACCAAACAAACACAAGCUUCUUGAUGACCAUAACCAGUACCCAAAACAAGCUGAUGGGAAGCGAUUUCGGGGUCAUAAGUAUAAAUAUUGGACACCAACUGCCUUAACUUUGCCAGAAAAUUAUGAAAAACCUACUCCUAAGGAGAUGACAGAUUUGCUGUUCCGUAUGGGAAUUACUUACAGGAAACCAAGAUUACGAGAUGAUUCACGUCAAUGUAUUUUAUGUAACUUGUAUGGAGAUUAUGUCGCAGAUGGGCCAUCAAGACUCCUUAAUUAUGAUGUAGAUAAGUGGAUACAUCUUAACUGUGCUCUGUGGGCAGAAGAUGUUUAUGAAACCAUGAAUGGAGCACUGAUGAAUGUAGAAGCAGCUGUGAAAAAGGUAGCAUCAAGUGAAUGUGAACACUGUCAGCAAUCAGGAGCAUCUGUGAAAUGUUUCAAAGUACGUUGCAGCAAGGUAUAUCAUUUGAAUUGUGCUGUGAAAGAAGGAUGCACAUUUUACAAGAACAAAACAGUAUAUUGUCAGGAGCACAUCAACAAAGGAGAGAAGGACAAUGAACUUUUAACAUUAUCUGUCUUCCGUCGUGUAUUCAUUGAUCGUGAGGAGAACAGACAAGUUGCUUCAGUGAUGCAUCAUGCAGACUUGAGCUAUGUGCUUAGAAUUGGCUCAUUAAUUCUCUUGGCUAUUGGACAACUUCUUCCCCACCAGCUACAAGCAUUCCACACCCCAUACUGCAUUUAUCCUGUUGGCUACCAAGUGAUACGAUAUUAUUGGAGCAUGCGGCGUCUCCACAAGAGAUGUGCCUACGAGUGUUCAAUUCAUGAUAAAGAUGGUCAACCAGAAUUUCGUAUAAUAGUGAAAGAGGAUGGAUAUGAAGAUCAUGUAUUUGUAAGUUGCUCUCCAAAAGGUGUAUGGACUAAAGUUCUUGAGCCACUAGCAGAGUUGCGUCAGAAAGCAGAUGUUGUGAGGCUUUUCCCACAGUAUAUUAGUGGAGAGGACCUGUUUGGUCUCACUGAACCAGCCAUUGUACGUAUAUUAGAAUCCCUCCCUGGUAUAGAUACUCUGGCUGACUACAACUUCAAAUUUGGACGGAACCCAUUGUUUGAGCUUCCAUUAGCUGUGAACCCAAGUGGAUGUGCUCGAGCAGAACCUUUCACCAAGCUUCACCUCAAGAGAUAUCAUGGUAUACGCACCAGUGCUGGAUCUGUUCGGACUAGCAGCAAUUGCAGAGCAGCUGCUAGUGUGGCAAACCUGACUAUGGCAUAUGAUCCUUUUGUUCCCUACAGUAAACUUCAUGUUCAUUCAAGAUCUUCUCAGUACAAGAAAAUGAACAACGAGUGGAGAAGCUCAGUUUACUUAGCUAGGUCCAAAAUUCAAGGCUUGGGGUUGUAUGCUGCUCGAGACAUUGAGAAGAACACCAUGAUAAUCGAGUACAUUGGAGAGAUUAUUCGUUCAGAGCUUGCUGAGGUGCGUGAAAAGCGAUAUGAAGCCCAGAAUCGUGGAAUUUACAUGUUUCGCCUUGAUGAUCAGCGAGUGGUAGAUGCUACAGUGACUGGUGGUCUUGCUCGCUAUAUCAACCAUUCCUGUGGUCCAAAUUGUUACACUGAAACAAUUGAGGUGGAAAGGGAUAUGAAAAUUCUGAUAAUUUCCAAUAGGAAAAUUCUUAGAGGAGAAGAGUUGGCCUAUGAUUACAAGUUUGACGAGGAGGAGGAUCACAAGAUACCAUGUCUUUGUGGUGCAGAAAAUUGCAGAAAAUGGAUGAAUUGAAAGUCCAUAUAAAAGUACAAUGUCCACAGUGGACCUCAAUUUAUUAUUAACUCAAAAGACAUUUCCUCUUUUUUGACAUUAUUGUUUAUUAUUAUUAUUAUUAUUAUUAUUAUUAUUAUUAUUAUUAUUAUUGUUGUUGUUGUUAUUACUAUAUUUUUUUUCUUUUUACAAAAUAAAGUUGCUACUUUAUUAUUGUGGUUUAUAUUUUGUUUUUUAUUUGAAUUAUUCAUGGGAUAGAUAAGUAUGAUAAUUAUUGUUUCAUUUAUUCACUGAGAACUAGAUAACCUCUGUUAUCUUGCCAAAGCAUAGUUAUUAGACUUGUCACAAUGACUCAAAAGAGUCUUUCUUCAGACCUUUGGAUAUUUAUUUUAUAAUAUCUUAAUUUUUGCAAGAAUGUUAGUGUUAUUUAUAUAAAUUUUAGUGUAUAUGCAUUAGCCUAAAUACAGAUGUACACAAAUGGCUUCAGUGAGCUUUUUGAAUGAUUGUGUGCAAGUAAUUGCUUGUGUAUGGAAUUGCUCAUGCAUGUGAGAAUACUUAGGGAAUGAUUGGAUUUCAUUCAUGUUUGGAUCAAAAUUCUCUUCUAUAAAGGAGUGAAUGUGUUAAAUUAUGAGUUUAAGGCAGUUUCCCAAUAGAAUCUGUAAGCAACUGGGUCAGUUAUUUGUAAAAUGUUCAUAGAUUCUUUGAAUUUAAUACAGUAACAUAUAUUUAAGGCACCGGUUUAUAAUAAUGUUGCUCAUUUUCAACUUUGAAGUUCAGAAGGCAUUGCUGGGCAGGAUUAGAAAAGCCAAGUAAGUGCCUUGUGCAAAAAAAAAAAAAAAAAAAAAAAAAGCUUUUCAUGUCAGGGAUUGGAUUCAAUAAUUAUGGGGCUAAAGUGCAGUUCCAUCAGAAAAGUUACGAUAAUUGAUGGUUUAUGUUAAACUGGUCCAGCUUUCCAGUAUGUGACUUGAGUGGCCUAAUAAUGUUCUUCCAUUGCUGUUGUGAAUACAUAAUACCUUCAUCAGCACUAGAUUGUGUGUGACUAAAUUGAUAAUGGGAAUUGAAAGAUGGCAUAGUUUCUAGAAACUGAAAAUUGUUUUGAUGUAAAACUAACAUUUCUAUUAGUAUCAAAUCUAUUUUCUCACUAGCAGUCAAAGGCUGUCUUUGUCUGCCUUUUCAUAACUUGUAUCUGCCAGUUUCCCAGUUCAUGUAUGAUGUCAUAGUGUAAGAAGACCACUGAUAGUGCUUAAGUCAAAUGAGACAGUGAUCAGAGCUCAUGGGAGGACUAUGUUGGGUUAGAAUGAUUGUUUUGAAUCUUAAUUUUCUGAAUUAUGGUUUGUAUACUUAGCUUGCAGAAUAUAAAGUAUGCUCUUGGCAAGUAUCUGGUGUAUGGAUAUUAGUAACAGUCAUUAUUCAAGUGAAUGAUUCUGAAAUCCUUUAUAUCAGAGUGAGUUUUAAAAUAUUGAUUUAUUAUAUUCUGUCUGUGUAUAUGAUGUUGGUAAGGGACAAAAAUAAAUAAGUGAAGCUAUCUUGGCAAGAAUCUGCAGCUGAUUAUGUGAUGUUAUUAUUUUCAUUGUUUAGAUUUUUAUGACUCCCAUUUUAAUUUUCUUUCCAGACAUAGUUGGACAAGUAUGCCAAAGCAAUUAAGAUAUCACUCUGUAAUACUUUUUUCAUAAUGUUAAGUUGUAAUUUUUAAUGUAAUUUAUACUUCCCUUCAUGUAUUUUAGUUAGACUAUUAAGGUAUUUUAAGAAGCUUAUUAAUUGAUAUUCCUAUUUUUAUCUAUUCAGUUUUUACUUUAUUAUGAAGAAAAGUUGUGGGAAUGCUGACAUCCUUGUGAAACUUGCAAUAAGAUGCUUAGUGAAUCAUGCAUUUAAAGCUUUAAAAUAUAUAUUCAUAAAAAAAAAAAUGAAGAAAACUAACAGUUCCAUAACUUAAUAAAAGAAUGAAAACUUUUCUAAGAGAUGAUUUCAAGUUACUAAAUAAAUGUUAUUUUGAUAACCAAGUACUGUAAGUCUCUCACUGCUCCCACAUACAAGUGAUGUUCCCACCUUACACAAAUGUAUAAUGUCAAAUAUUAAGUAUUAUGCAUAUCUUCAGUUAAAAGAUUUUAAACAUAAAUAUAGAUUUGUAUAAUGUAAGUAUCCCAAGCAUUCUCAUGUUUGAUGUGCAUUGUCAAGAGCCUCUGUGGUUCAUGGAUGUACUAAUGUUCAUGUUGGACUGGAGCUGAGCAAUGUCGAUAUGUAUAUAGAAUUGUUGAAUACAGUCAUUAAAUCAUUUUUUCAUUUAA